AUGGCGGUCUCGUCUCAAGCCACCAACAAGAAAUCGCGGUCGAAUCGUCCUUCAGCCGCGAAGCGCGAUGCAGGAUCGACACGGUUUAUCCACACGAUUCCUCCCAUGUUCAUGAUCUGGUUGACCUUCUCAUUACCGUUGGUCAUGUGGGACACUGGCUAUAUUUUUCUUCGGCCGCAUUCUAUGCCAGGUGGGAAAUACCAUUCACCCGUGUGGAAGCUGUAUGCCUUGUACGGAACGGUUGAUCACGUUUAUGGCUGGCCGGCUUGGGAUAGCCACAGCGGCUUCACAGCGGCCCAAGCAUCACUCAACGUCAUUGAGACAGUCAUGUACAUCUAUUAUCUGGUCGUCAUCUGGCGGUCCUCUGCCAAGGACUUGUAUGCCUUCCGCGACAUCGAGACACUAUUCUUGGGAAACCGGCAGAAAACCGUGUCUGGACCUGGAAUUGCGACGGCUGUGCUUGUGCUCUUUUCUGCGACCGUCAUGACUAUCAGUAAGACCGUCCUAUAUUGGGCCAAUGAAUACUUUUCUGGCUUUGCAAGUAUUGGGCAUAACGCAGCAUGGGAUCUGUUCUGGUUGUGGAUCCUUCCCAACGGUCUUUGGAUCAUUUUCCCAGGAUAUAUUGCGUAUCUGCUCGGAGAUGAGCUUGUCAACGCUCUCGAGGGAGCUUCUGGAAAUGAGAGGGAAGACUAA